AUGGAUAGUACUAUAGAUGGACUUACUCUUUUCGGAAAGAAAAAUGAUUUCUCUAACUUCAUCUGUUUUUUUUGCAGCCUGAGUGGAGUCUUAAUAGAAGAUUGUAAGAACUCUUCAUCACAGCUGUGGACCGGAGACGAUAGCGCUGGAGGGAGCGCUGGAUUUUUCUAUUUUGUAAAUGUUGCCGCUUUGGUUUUCGUGCUCAUGAUCACCUUUGUUUAUGUUGUAUUUUGGGAAUUGUAUCAAUCAGAAAAGCGAAUCGCACUUGGGGACUUGUUUCUCACCGCACUGUUCUUUAUUCUCUUCUUUUUCUGCUCCGCCACUUGGUGGGCCGGAUCGAACACAUUGGGCUAUGCCACCAGUGAGGAACGCAUAAGCGAGCUGAUGAACUCAAGCGAUUCAUUUUGGAAGUCGAACGCAGUAAACAAUAGUUUGUCCUUAGCAAGAGACACCAGCAAUGGAAAGCUUACGAUUUCUGUGGUGAGUUCAGCAGAUAUUUUCAACAUGGAGAGAAGCAACUAUUAA